AGAACAAAAACACCUUCAAAACUAAACCCCAAAGGGUUUUCUCACAGUUCCUUACUGGGUUUCGUUCUCUACAUUUUCAUUUCUACUAUUAGAAGGUUGUGUUUUCACAUUAUGAAAACUGAAGGUGUAUCAAAGACUACCAAUCAUGUUAAGAAGGAUGCUAGGCAGGAAACUGAACUUGAAGUUAAUGAAGGUGGGGGUGGACUACUUGGAAAGGAGCUCAAAUUAGGUGAAGUUAUUUGGGUUAAGACAAACCCUUCUUCUUGGUGGCCUGGACAAAUUGUGGAUGCAUUUACAGUGAGUGGGACAAGGAUACCUAAAAAGCGAGAAGCUGGUGAAGUUCUUGUUCGACUUUACGGGACUUAUACUUACUUGUAUUGGAAUCCAAAAAAGUACCUUGGCGAAUUAAUGGAAGCUCUUAAGGUAAAUGAUGGCAGCUCUACGAAAAUGUUUCAGAAAGCCUUGCAGCAGGAAAUCGUUUACACGAGAUCUAGUUCAUUGAAGAGGAAAUACUCUGAUCACAAAGAAAAUGCUAAAGAUGGGGAUCUGAGUGAUAGAAAGUUGAAGCAAAACAAAGAAGAUAAUAUUCAGAAACAGGAUAACUCAAGUACAGUGCCGAAAGUAAGCAGUCGGGAACUAAGAACAAGGAAGGACAAAGGUCAGUCUGGAAAACAAGACGGUGCCAACUCAGCUCAAAGAGAUCUCUCUUUAGGAACCAGGAAGGAAAUUUCUAAAAAUGAAAUCCCAAAGCAAGACGGGUUUAGAGUUGGCCCCCGAGUUUUAAGGCCAAGGAAGGCCCAGGAUUUGCCCUUAAAACUAGAAGACGUCCGUCGAACAAAAAUGAAGGCAAACAGUGGGGUUCUCUCUUCAGGGGGGACUAAGAAGCAAAUUCCUAAACCUGAUAUCUCAAGGCAAGAGGGGAAGAAAAAGGGACAGAAGGCAGAUGAAGAGUUAGCCAAAAAAGAAGAAGCGGGGGACUCUGAAAAGGAAGUCUCAGAAAACCCUCCAAACUUGAGUUCUCGCCGAGUUAGAGUGAUGCAAAGUCUUGGCCUUGCAGCCCCUUCUGAAUCCCCAUUCAAACCAAAACGUCUCGCACUCAACUAAUUUUGCAUCUGCUACUAAAACAACACAACUAAUUUUGGUUCUGCAGUUACUAAGCCACAAAUAUGAAGCACAAUAGUAUUGCUAUGCGACCAAGAAGAGUCUCGUUUUUUUUUGUCAGAUUUUGUGGAGGGGCUUAUUCUUCCAUAUCUUGAUCGGCUGUUUCUUGGUCAUGGUUGCAACUUGUAAUAGACUUCUAGUUUUGUCUGUAAUUAUGUGGCUCUAUCGGC